UGCUUUUGUAAUUUGUAAUGUCUACUAGCGCCGCCUAUCUUUUUCCCCGCUAAUUGAAAACGUGGAUUGAAGGUAUUGCAUCUGCAACUUGGAUUUCCUGCUUUUGAGUACGGAUUCAAGGAUUAUAUUAUUAUUGAAUAAAUGCGGCAUCGUUAUGGCUGUUUUAUGUAUUUGAGGUUGAGUCAUUGUACACUCCAACGAUGAUGUCCAGUCGAAUGAGUUUGGUUUUGCGACAUUUUUACAAACGAUCAAUCUGGAAUUGCCGGUUCUGUUCGUCAAUUUCUAAAGAAGCAAAAUCUGAUGAUCCUGCGCCAUUGUUUUUUGAUUCUAAUGUACAAAAGAUAUUGAGAGAAUUGAUGCGUAUUGAUUUGAAAAAGGUCAUCAAGUUACGCAAAGAUGGAACUACUCUGGCUCAACCAGAAUACAGGUUCAUGACAGAUAAGGAACUGCAAGAAGCUUACGAUUAUGCUUUGCCAAAAAUAGAAAAACGUCUGCAAAUACCACCUGUAGUAAAAGUGCAAUCAGAUACAUUGAAAGUAUUAUCCGUGGAUGUUGCUCUGGAAGGUCAUGAUAAAUCAAAGUAUGUGUUCACUGAUAUAAGUUUUGGAUGCAGCAAAAAAGACAGAUUGAUAGUGAUUAGAGAACCAGAUGGUACAUUGCGUCAUGCUAUGAGGGAUGAAAGAAACAGAAUUGAUCAGGCAUACUUUCCUGUGGAAGGCAGAGAAAUGGGUACACCAAAGAUGUUUGAAGAUCCGUACUUCGAAGAUCUAUUGAAGAGAGAAGAGUUCUUGUUCAUCUUGGAUCGUGCUUGCAUACAGUUUGAACCAGACGAUCCAUUGUAUCACAGUAUUGUUAAUAAAGUCUACAACUGUGUGAAUGUACAAGGAAAAUUCGAUAGUUUGCGAUCCACUAGACAUUUUGGUUCGUUUGUGUUUCACCUCGCAUGGACAAAAAAUAUCGAUAAUUUAUUGGUAGACGUGAUUAAACACAAAAGGAUAGAUGAAGCGAUUUCACUGGUACGACUUUAUCAUAUAAUUCAUCCAGAAGCCAAGUCGGCGGUGGAAGUAGAGGAUAAGGAUGGCAUAAGUUUGAUAAAAAGUUACGCAAAAUUAGAUGCAUCGCAACGGCGGAAUAUAGACCUUGCCGUUGUUGAGUAUGAGACGAUAGAAAAAGAGAAACAGAAAUUGGAAGAGAAUAUAAAAAUAGCACACGGGCUGGACGCGAAAGAAAAUGAGCCUCAAACGGAGCCAAAUUAAAUUUGUACCAGUUUUCACUUUCUACUGGCACACGCGCAUUCUUUUUAUAUCUAUGUAAAUUCUAAAUACCAUUGUCGAAAAUAAAUAUAUGUUAAACUAUUUGUUGUCACGAGAAAUUUGGUGAUUAAAUUUGAUCGUUUAGCAGAAUUAUCCGACUAUAUAAUAUAUUGUAUUAUAUCUAAUAUAAAACAAGAAAAGAAAUAGUAAGAAAAUAUAAUUAUAUGAAAAUAAAUCUUUGGUGUC